AGACUGUUAUGGCAAGAAGAAAGUCUCAAAAGAGUCUCUGUUGGAAACUAGAGUCAAACAGCUUAUGGACUGGAACCAAAGGAAGCCAGUCAUUAGAUUAAAUGGAGACAAAUACAGAACGUACUUACGAGCAUCACCAAGGAAUUACUCUGUCAUCCUUAUGCUUACAGCUCUUGCACCACACAGACAAUGUACCAUUUGUAGAGAAGCUAAUAACGAGUUUACAAUCCUUGCCAACUCUUGGCGUUACUCACAGCAGUAUUCCAACAAAGUGUUUUUUGCAGUUGUUGAUUUUGACGAAGGUCCAGAUGUAUUUAGUGCGUUGCGAUUGAAUUCUGCACCAAUGUUCAUGCACUUUCCACCAAAGGGAAAACCCAAAAAGGCAGACACUUAUGAUAUUCAAAGAAUGGGCUUCUCUGCAGAACAGUUGGCCAGAUGGGUUGCAGAACGAACAGAUGUUAAUAUCAGGGUAUUCCGUCCACCCAAUUACAUGGGUGCUGUGAUAAUGGGUUUGCUAGUAGUUCUGAUUGGAGGACUACUCUAUGUGCGACGCAAAAACUUGGAGUUCCUCUACAACAAGACGUACUGGGCAAUUGGAGCUCUGUGUGUAGUAUUUGUCAUGACUUCUGGUCAGAUGUGGAAUCACAUCCGAGGACCUCCUUAUGCCCACAAGAAUCCACAAACAGGACAAGUGAGCUACAUACAUGGCAGCAGUCAAGCACAGUUUGUUGCUGAAACUCACAUUGUCAUUUUUCUGAAUGCCUUGUAUGUUGUUGGAAUGAUUCUUCUCAAUGAGAAGGCAUUUGAAGUCAAAGAGAUUGGAAAACGUAGAAUUGUAGUUAUGGUUGGUUUGGGUCUUGUGGUGUUGUUCUUCAGCUUGCUGCUGUCUGUGUUUCGUUCCAAGUACCAUGGAUAUCCUUACAGUUUCUUGAUAAAGUGAAGUCAGGAGUCCCAUCACUGAAGGAUUUCACUCUCCUAGGGCAUUGCUGUGCUAGAUAUAAAAUAAACCUUUCCUUCUUCUUUACCAAAAUAAGUUAAAACAUUCGCUACAAGAGAUAUUGUAAACUGCAGUACAACAUAUCAGGCAAUUUAACAUCUUUGAAAGUGGUGAAAUAAAAGUUUUUGUUUUCCGUUUUC